AUGCUGCAGCCACCCAAGACGCCCGAUCUGGCACCUCCAAAUCUCGGCGAUGGCGAGUCCAGGAGGCAUCCCUGCCUCCCCCUCACGGCGCCCAUGCCAACCACCGGCCAGCCGAGCCAAACCAGAGCACAGGAGGAGCCGCCACCAGCAACCGAUUCAUGCGCCACGACGACCGUAGAGGAGGGGGUCGAACAUAUCGCUGCCGCGCCGCCACCUCCGCCAGCCUGCGCUGGAGAAGAGGCAGCCGCCCGCGACCUGUGCCGACCACAGCCCUUGCCGCCAGAGAAGAAGGAUGGCCGACCGCCGCCGCCGCCCCAGGCACACACCGCCACCGCGCCGCCCGUCGCGCCGCCGCUGCAGACGAACCGCCGUGGCGCCCGGCGUCAGCGCCACGCCCUGGCCCGGCAUGUUGACCCGCACCAACCCCACCAUGCGGGAGGACAAGGAUGCCCCGCCGGCACCGGUGCCGACCAGACUUUGCCCGGCCGGGCCCACUGGCGGCGGUGA